AUGUUGACAGGCCUACAGACCUCGAAGACGUGGCCUGCUUGGGGCUCUGAUACACAAGAUAAUUAUUCUUUUCUGUUCGCUUUUAUGGAAAAUAUUUGCAAUAAUAUUUCAAAAAAUAAGAAUAAUUAUCGAUACAGUGAUGUUGCGCAACAAUUUGUACAAUCAUUGUAUAUCUUAGGAGGACGAAACUCUUGCGAGUUUGUACGGUUGAACUUAUCCGGCGCACUUCCAUCAUUAUCUACCUUAAACCUUAGUUUUGAGAAAGCUGAUGCGUGCAUUGGUGAAGCCGGGUUUCGAUAUGAUGCACUUAAUCACCAUCAUAAUUCUUUAAACUAUCAGAUUGCCGUUUGUUCAGAAGACUCGACAGCAGUCGUAAAGAAAGUUAGUUAUAAUGCUGCUACUAACACAUUUGGUGGAUUCGCGACUUCACUCGAAAAUGGUAUUCUUAAAUCUGGUUACGUUAAGACACGUUAUUUUGAUGUGUUAAAAGAAUGGUUCGAGAAUAAAGAUAAGUGA